CGUUUCCUUCUCCAGUAACAUACAUUCUAACCUCUUCAAUCAUGAUCGCACACAGUUCUUAACUCUUUCCUUUUCUGCUUCUUACUUCAUGUUCAACUCCAUUAUGGCAAAAAUACUCACACUCUGCAUUCUCCUUCUGGCCUCAAUCCUCAUAAACUCUCAACAGCAAGAACUCUUCUUUGAAGGGUUCAAAGAUGCCAUUUCAGGCAACAACAUAAGCAUAGACGGAGGUGCAGUAAUCGAAAACUGUGGAAUACUUCGCCUCACAAACGACACUCACAUGCUUGGCCACGCGUUUUACUCAACCCCAAUUCGCUUAAAGAACUCCACCAACGCCAAAGUUUUCUCCUUUUCCACCGCUUUCGCUUUUGCAAUAACAAGCAGCGACCCAAAACAAGGUGGGCAUGGCUUCGCCUUCGCCAUAUCCCCCUCAAAAGUGCUUCCUGGUGCUUAUCCCAGUCAGUACCUUGGCCUUCUCAACCCACACGAUGUUGGGAACUUCUCAAACCACCUUUUUGCUGUUGAGUUCGACACUGUCCAAGACUAUGAAUUUUAUGAUAUCAAUGGCAACCACGUGGGCAUCAACUUGAACAGCAUGGUGUCCAAAAAGUCUGUUCCCGCUGCUCAAUUCACAGAUGGGUCAUCCAAACAGGACCUCUAUUUGAAGUGUGGUUCGGUGAUUCAAGCAUGGGUGGACUAUGAUUCCUCCACCAAACAAUUGGAUGUUAGACUUUCCUCAACCUCCUCGAAACCUCGUUCCCCAAUCUUGUCUUGCAAAGUUGAUCUCUCACCAAUUCUCAAAGAUGACAUUUAUGUUGGGUUUUCAGCUUCAACGGGGACGCUAGCGAGCUCACACUAUAUCUUGGGUUGGAGCUUUAAGAUCAAUGGAGAAGUCAAAUCUUUGAAUUUGAAUAGUUUACCAUCACUUCUUACUUCUAACCACCACAAAAAAGCCACGAUCGCGGGAAUUACGGUUUCUUUUGCUAUUUUAGCAAUAACAGCUUCAAUUGGGUUAACGAUCUAUGUAGUCAGAAAGAUAGAGAACGACGAUGCUAUUGAACCUUGGGAACUUGAAGUGGGUCCCCACAGGUUCUCAUACGAGGAGCUGAAGCAAGCAACAAAGGGCUUCAACGAGAAGCAGUUAAUUGGGUUUGGGGGUUUUGGUCGAGUUUACAAAGGGGUUCUCCGAAACUCCAACACCCAAGUGGCAGUGAAGAGAAUUUCACAAGACUCAAAAGAAGGGUUACAACAAUUCAUGUCGGAGAUAGAAACCAUUGGUCGGCUCCGACAUAGGAACCUAGUACAAUUACUAGGUUGGUGUCGGAAGCAUUGGAAUCUCUUACUUGUGUAUGAUUUCAUGCCCAAUGGAAGCCUGGACAAGUGCUUAUUCGAGAAACCCAAAGAGAUUUUAAGGUGGGAACAGAGGUUCAAGAUCAUAAAGGGAGUAGCUCGGGGUCUUGUGUAUUUACACGAGGAGUGGGAACAAGCGGUGAUUCACAGAGACAUAAAAGCAGGGAAUGUGCUGCUGGAUUCCGAAAUGAAUGGAAGGUUGGGCGAUUUUGGUUUGGCGAAGUUGUAUGAGCACGGUGAGCACGUGCGCACGACUCGCGUGGUGGGCACGUUGGGGUACUUGGCGCCGGAGUUAACACGGACGGGGAAGCCCACGACGAGUUCUGAUGUAUUUGCGUUUGGGGCAUUGUUGUUGGAAGUGGUGUGUGGGAGAAGGCCCAUUGAGCCCAAGGCGUUGCCGGAGGAGCUUAUAUUGGUGGAUUGGGUGAGGGAACGAUGGGAGAUGGGGGAGGAGGCUCUUUUGGAAGUGAUGGACCCCAAUUUGGGUGAGGCGUUUGAUCGAGAGCAGGCCUUGACGGUGCUGAGAUUGGGCCUAAUGUGUUCUAAUGAUGAGCCCAUGGAACGGCCCAGUAUGAGGCAGGUGGUGAUGUAUUUGGAGGGGAGGUAG